GGUACAGUGAACAGUCUGACUCAGAGAGUGGUGCAUGAGAUACGCUCUUUGGUAGGAGUAAACACAAAGUUAUUGUGAAUCUCAAAUUCGCGUGCAAUUCUUUAUUACCGCGAUUAUACCUAUCGAGUAUUAAUUGCUCGAUAAUUAUCGGCUGACAAGACAGACGAGGGACCGGAAAUAACGCAUUCCGUGCGGAUUCGUUUAACAAAUAGACAAUAACUUGUGCUUAUGUGACGUAGUCCCGAACUUUAACGAGUCUUGUCGAUUUUUAACGAGUGUUAACAGAAAAAAAAACAUGGCGUCGCAUCAGAUUCACGAUUUAUUAUCGUGAGCUGGUGAAGAGUGCAAAAUAUAGUGUAUCACAUUAGCGGAAAGCUUGUAGUACAGUAUAAUCUUAAAAGCUUUUAAAGUGAAAGACGGUUAAUGCGGAUGCAUCAGAAAUGCUACAGUUAAUAGUUGUGGCAAAGUCCGCUAGGUGGAUUUGAAAAUAAAUGUAAUGCUACGUAACGUAUAGUGGGACGUGGUUUAACUUUGAACAGUGUAAUACUCAACUAACGUACUGCUUUAGUGUAACAAUACAGAGAAAGCGGAAGUUAGUAUAUCGUAUGAAGUGAAGUGACAGAGACAACGCAGCAAGUGACUAUGCUGUAAUGUGAAAGAAAAGAUUGUCGAUAUUUCUUUGACAAAUGAUGCUGGUGCUUUUACUGUGCGUCAUCAUGAAGAUUGCUGAGUUUUCAGUGGGCCGCACAAAUUCGGCUCUUCCGGCACCGAAACGGCCGCCAUCACCAUGCUGCAACAAACGGAAGCGACACGAGCGCCAUUAUAAUCAGAAGGCGAAUAACGUCAGAUGCAAAUACAUCCUUCGAAAACGUGCCGGUGGCGGCGCCGCAGGAAUGGAGGAUCCGCAGACACCAGGAUCCGAUUGCAACUCCAAUCCUGCUAUGGAUCACAUAUCCCAGGACCUGGUGAAUUCGGAUUUUGUCCAGGAUAAUGUUGAGUACCAAUGGGUCAUUGAUUACGGUUAUAGAGAUGGAGGAUUACACGUACAUCCCAGUGUGUUGUCCUCGCUCUCGGCCUCUUAUACCCGCGAUGACCUUGGUUAUUACGAUGACCUUGCGCGGAAUUUGGACGCAAAUUUGGCGGAAGUUGAUAUGGAGAGCUUCCGCACCGCUGACAUCCACACAUUGCUCACAGCGCUACCAGUCAUGUGCACCGAACCAGUUCAGCAUUCGGAGUCUAACUAUCAGAGGGAGCGGUACGCCAGUAUAUCUGGCUCCGUCAUGGAAAAGCUUGACUUUGAUUCGUCGAUCAGUCCUCAUACAAGUAGCCAGGGAGAAGACUCGGCAUGCUCGACUACAGAUACAAUGUCGAUAUGCAAGUCCUCUUUGCUGUUUUCACCUGUGAAGGAGACACCUGUGCUGCCACCAGGUGGCAGCUACAGUGUCGACUCCCUGGACUGCGAGGAUAUGUUGCUCACGUGCCAAGCUAACAACAAAAACAAUUAUACUAUUGCAUUCGAAGGCAGUAUCACUAUGUAUUCGGAUGGCUCACAAGAUUUUGAAAAUCAAGACAAGCCAAAAAUGUAUGAAGUUCCAGAAUCGUACUAUGAUGACCGGAAGUUCGAGCUGAGGAACAUACUAGAUCUAUCAAUGGCGCGUUCAGACUCAAAAAUCUACACAACUUGGAGUAAUUUGAAGCGUUCGUCUAUGAACAACGCAAUGAUGACUCGUCAUCCUUCCGGAAAUAAUAACACGAUUCCAAAUUUCUUACAAGCAACCGGAAACGUGACACACAACCUGAGCAAAAAGAGUCAGAGCUUACCGGAUUUGACGAAAACGGGCGAACUCCAACAUGUUGCCGUGCCGCUCAAUUUUUCUGUGGAUUCGGCGGAAUCUAACAAUCAUGGGACACAUCUCCAAAGUUCCGGUUCUGCCAUGAGCAGAUCUAUAAACGAGGAAAGUUCAGAUAGUAUGGGUAAUACUUCGACAGGAAAAAAGUUACAGAACUUGAGUCUUGUAAGAUUAUUUAUGAAACAAAAAAGCAUGAGUGCUGAAGGAAUGAGUCUGACAUUGGAUCAAUCGGGAUCAGUAAGUGAUGGUGGAUGGGCAACUAGCGGGAGCGGUAGUGGUACAAAUACCAAUACACAGAUCCAACGUCACAAUAUUAAUAAUACCUGUAGUCAUCAGCUUCUGGAAAAUGAUUUUUCUAUCAAUUGGGUGAAAGGUGAUCAUCUCGGUCAUGUGAAUAAAGAAAGCUUGGCAGAAAUAUACGAAGACCUUCCGAAGCGUUCGGCGCCGAUACUAGAAUACGAAGAAGAGACCGAGUCAUCUGCUUCCGUCGAGGAACUCUCUGAGAGUGUAUCGAGAUCGGAAUCUGGGCUAGACGAUGAGAGUGGCCAAAAUGUACCGCAGAAAUGUAUAAACGCGUGGAACGGUCUGUUGGAAAUAAACCGUCCAAUGUCCAAGACAACGGGUAUCCAAGCAAUGACGGAAGUGGAAGACAACGCUGUUCAAACGUCUCUAGUUUAUCCCGGACCACCUAUCCAAGAAGCAGAUCAUCCGCCAUUACGGGAAACCAUCGUUGAGAAAAAACCUGUCUAUGUUGUAUAUCCAAAUUACACAUUACCGGAUUUAUCUUUUCUGAAUUCUAAGGAUGGUAAAUUUGAAACUGUGGCUCUAAAGCCCCAGAGCUUCGACAGAGCUAGACCUAGUUGGAAGCGUCCUGGCAAAUCGGGCAGACCGUUCUCAUGUAAUGAUAUCGACGCUCUAAAGCAACGUGGCUUUUCUCACGUUAAAGAUUGGGAAUCGUUGACGUUCCUACUCCCUACACAGUACAAAAAGAUCCUCCACGAUGUUCCAGAAGUCUCCAAACACAUCAAACUCGGCGAAGAAAUCAGGAAACCUUUGUUCUGUUUGUCGCCACCCAUGCAACACAGGACGACGCGAACCGUCGGCGAAAUUGUACAACAGCAACAACAAACCAAUAAUGCCUCCUCCACGAGCAGCACUGCUACUCAACCAUCCUCGGGAUACCGUGGUUCCUCCACAAUCCUCACAGACUCUUCGACCAAUCAACAAGCCGUCUCAAGCAAUGCAACCAACCCUUUGUAUUUGUAUAGAUACGAUAGUAUCAGUUCUGAAGCUAGCCUUGUUUGUCAGGACACAGUACUCCAAAGACCGUCUUGUCAGCCUAGAAUUACAUGUCCUGUACUACCAAAACGUUCGAUCUCGUUGCCACAUGGUGAUUCGAAUAUUUCAACCAGUGGAAAAGUACCGCCGAGACCUCCAUUACCUCGAAGUAUUCUCAGGAAGAAUCGUGUACCUUCUAGCAAACGAUACAGCAUGUUUGAAAUGGGUGGCGUUGAAGAAGUUGAAGAUCCACAAACACUUGAACCAAACAAGAGAAUGUCUUUGCAAGAGCCAUACUAUAUCAACAACGAUAUUCAAUUAAUGCGUUAUGGUAGGAUAGUCGACUCUGAGAAGGACGUUGAUGAAGUGGAGGAGCGCUAUUAUGCAGAGAGAUUAAGAGAAGCAGCGAGCCGCACAGAAUACGAGACUGAAUUUACAGAAAGCAGUGAGGAUGUGAAGCAGCUUGAAGAAUUUUUAAAACGGAGCGGAUUCUCAUCGCAAAAUAGCGACGUCGACGCUGAUGACGUCGAUGUCAAACUCAGAUCAUAUGUGAGGAAAUUCCUUGCUCUUAAGAUGAACCAGGACAUCGCCAAGACGGUCGACAUGAUGGAUUCUCAAAAAAAGACUGUCAGCUUCGCUGUACACCAAAGAAAACAAUAUCUAGACAAUAAGUUCCAGGAAAAUAACGCAAGCGUUGCAGUAAAUGUCAUGAACGACGAAAAACCAAUCACAAUGGAACCAAAUGUGACCAGUGCUGAGCUGCGGUCAGCCGAGCUGGAUGAUAAGAAAGAGAUGCUGCGACCUAUAAGCAAGUCUGUCGAAUUACUUUUGAAAUACUGGCAUGCGGAACCAAUCCGCAACAAGGAAGGUUAUAAUGACAGAAAUGAAUGCUCGCAAAUUUGUUUGAGCAAUUUGUGUCCAGCACUUUAUGCAAUUAUGUCUGAUGGUUUGAGGCCCCAGUUACAAUCCACUUUUGGACCAAUCACAAAUAGCGUUUGGCAAGUCGUUGAAGCUUCUUCUCAACAAGGUCCACUCACCAAGACGUUGAAUGAAUUGGUACAGAAAAUCAACGGUGUUGAUUUCAUAACCGAAGGAAUGCUCAAAUUCCAUGCAUUCAUUUUUGGUUUAUUAAAUUUAAGGGCACUCGAUGCUUGGUUUGCUUACUUGUGUACGAGGGAGUCGAUACUUCGUAAACACUACAAUAGUAACAGUUUAUUUGUUGGUGCGCUAGCCUCUGUCAACGCUCGUGAGGUCAUCGACAAUUUCAUGAACAUUCUACAACCAUUAGCUCUGUGUCCGUUUCAACUGGAUCUUCUGUAUCAAUAUCGGCAGCUUCACAACAGUUUUGGGAAUAUGACUAACCAUGCAAUGACUGCACCGUCAUUGAGGAACAAUGAAUUGCCAAAGGAACAACAUCACUUUGAGAAGUCAGAAUUGCGUAGCACCACUCAAAGUCCAAAGAAGCCGCGUCCACGCUCAUGUGUCGCCUACAAUUAUGUCGAGAAACAGUUAAAUACGCAUAAGGCUGACUUGGAGAACGUAACCAGGAAACGAUGGAGCCAGCUGCCUCCUGGGUCCAAACUAUUCCAGGCGAUCGACAAAUUGGCAUCUGAAGAUUCUGAAGAUUACACAGAUAGCCUGGAACACUCACCAUUGAACAGGGGUAGACAAUCUGUACCGUCUAGAACCUUGAGUCCUGAUAUGAAGCACGAUAACGAAGAUGAGGAUGCUAUUCCUGGUGAACUCAAAUUCAGAAAACUUCAGGAGAAAUGGGAAUUGAUGGGUGGUAAGGAUGAAACAAAGGAACACGCUGUCGCGCCUACACCCACAUCACCGACCAGAACACCUACUAGUCUUGGGAAAUCCAAAAUA